AUGGGGACUUCCGCUUGGCUGUUCUCUCACCUCAGCUUUCGGCUUCAAUUAAUCCACUCGAUGCCGUUUCUUGGGGGAUUUCCAACCUUCGAGCUGCUCCGCUGUCGUGGCUCCACCGUCGAAUCUGAAAGGCACCGUCAAAGCCACCGACUUGAAAAAGGUAAGAAUGACAAGGGGCUUAAGCUUUACGAUCCGGGUAUCUUAAUAAGGCUCCUGUACAAUCGUCAAUUUGAUCGAUGUGUCAUAAAUUUUGAUGUAUGGAAACUCACCAUCCGAAAAUCAGUUGGCAGACUGGGAUUUCGCUAUUUUAUAGCAUUCAGCUGUACCACAAGGAAUAUUGAUACAGCUGCUUGA